ACCGGUCAUCAAAUGCAACAUCAGCUCAAUGGGUGAGAAAUCUGUGGUUGGGGGCAGCUAUCUCCAGACAAUGUUUGCCUAAUUCAUGAACGGGUCAGACGUCGACGAGGAGGGAGUUGACGAUAGUAGACUUACUCGUGCAAGAUCAAGAAGGAUCCCGUACGUGUUCAAAACUCUAGACGAGGGAGAAGAAAGACGGCUUCGUGCCGAAUGUAGAGCCCGUGCUCUCGCAGCAUCGAGAGAAGCAGCAAACCUUGCAACUAGGGAGCAGGCUGCCGCAGCAGCCACGACAACAGCAAUGGCUACCACAGCAACAACCUUUGCUGCAACUUCGGCUGCGUCCUCGUCAGGAACCCAGUUGGGAAUGCCAACAGGGUCCCCGAGUAUCUCCACUUCACUAGGGUCUAGGCCGUCUACAAGUCAAAUGACGGGCGUGCAGUUCAACCCGUUGACUCCUCGCGAGAGGGAGCUCAGGGAGCUUCAACAAGUCGAAAGGAUCCGUGAAAGAUUAGAGAGGGAACUGAAACAGGCUACCGACAGAGAAAAGGAGAUCAAAUAUAGAACAGCCAGGCUUGAUACUCUAGAGACUGACAAGGCUGAGUUGGAGGGCUUGGACGAUUCAGGAAUGAAUGAGCCCAUGAAAGUGUUGAGGAAUAACGUGCUGUCACUGCAUGCGCAUGUGGACAAUAGGUUGGACUUCAUGCAGAACGCUUUAGACCAGAUCUUGGACGCUUUGACAAGGCCAGGAUUCCGGCCACCAGCACAAUCGUUGUUGCCGUUAAGAGCGAUGUCAGGUCCCUUUCCCGUACAAGCUGGCACGCAUCCAAGUGGUACGUCUGCAGCAGUCUCGCAGACUGUUGCAUCUUCUUCUUCGGGUCUAGCGGUGAUUGCUACAUCACCGCAACAACCUUUUCCUUCACAGGGACAGCCGCAAGGUCAAUGGUAUCCCAAGACCCCAAUGAAACCGCCUCUUGCCUUCUCAGGUGAGAGAAAGGACGAGGAACUCGACACAUGGUUGAGGACAGUCCCGGUUUGGGUGAAGGCCAAAAGGACCUUGCCAGAGGAUGAGGUGGUAACUGCGGCAUCUUACCUAGAGGGUAAAGCAGCAAAAUGGUUAGAUGGGGUAGUUGUGAAAGUCGGGUACGGGCGACGCAUGGCAGAUUGGGCUAAGUCUUUGACUCUAGACCAAUUCAUGGAGAUGGUAGAAGCUCGUUGGCAUAACCCACAGGAGGCUCAAAGGGCCACUGAUGCCAUUAACAAACAUGACCAACACAAGUUCAGGUCAGUUAGGGAGCUUACGACUACCGUCGAGAGCCUGAUCCUCGUCCCAGGCAUCAACUACAGUGACCAGUUCCUUUUAACCAUGUUUGUUAGGUGUUUACCUGAGAACAUGAGGAACUUACUAGCUAGUGAGGCACGCACUGAGUACCACUCAUUUGAGACAUUGUCUAGGAAAGCUUUAGACUUAGAGGCCACGCUAGGCAAUGCUGAACCCACCUCAGGGAAUGACUCAAAGAAGAAGAAGAGUCCUCAGGAGUGGAAGAAGAAGGGGGCGAAGUUGAUGAUGGUUGAGUCUAAUGGGACUCGAACUGAAAUCGAUGAGCUCUCUGACCUGAUGGACUACUCAGAGUAUGGCGGCGAGGAGGUAGCUGAGGGUAGCACCCUCGCCGCGGCAGUUAAGACUAAGGCGGCAGGCCGAGGGAAGGGCCAGCCUAGGGGUCAAGGGAAGGCCGCCUCCAAUCAGACCAAACAGGCUGAGUGGACUAAGGCAGAUCUUGAUCAAGACGUGUGGCGUGACCGCUGAUCGCGUGGCGCUUGCAUGAACUGCGGAGAAUAAGGACACAUGCACUGGAAGUGUCAGAACGCGAAGGUUACGCAAAAGGUUGCUCC